GAACCCGCAUUCUUAUCUUUGAACCCCAAACCGUGUCACAACAUGAAGAGAUUGAAACGAGAAGUAAAUGUUACGACUCUCCCAGACCAAGUGAUUGAGCUUAUACAGUUCCACGCUGGUAGAAAAUCUGUUGUGAGUCUUUCAAGUGUGAAUAAAUCCUAUAGAACCAGUUUGGAGAAGUUUGUGUUUGACUGUCUAAAAACGACGUGGUACAACCUCCAAAAUAAUGAAUUCCAGAUGUUUUUGGAGCAAAGAAAGUCAUUUAUCACGUCUAUGAGGUUCAUUGACACCUACAGUUACGGAGAGUGGCAAAUAGACGUGUUUGAAGGAGUUCUCAAUAAACUCCCACAACUACAAACGUUUGUGGUAAACUCGUUCAAUUCGUCAAACUGGUUGAAAUACCGUGCCAGCACUACCAUUAGAAGAAUGGAGAUGCACUAUGACUAUACUCAUAAUGAAACACACGAACUCUACGAGAAUCCCAAUCCGAAGAAUAUCAACAGGUUAUCUAGAUCCUCCCAGUUACCCAAAAUUUUUAGCUUGCAUCAUUUAUGUGGGUUUCCACGCCUUUCCGAUUUGACCCUCACUGACUAUCACUUCAAUUGGGAUGAGAAAAUGGACUCUUUGAAUGUACAAUUUCUUCAUCUCAAGAACUGUACUUGGGAAUAUCCAUUUACACCUGCCAAAUUCAAUGAAAAUAACUCGCUAAUUACAUUUGGUCUCACCUAUACGCAUGAUCAUGCAUUUCUUCUUCUGGAACGGUUCGAUAAGUUUGUUAAUGAACCAUUUCAAAUUGGCUGCAAAAUCAACAAAUUAGCAGUGGUAAUUCAAUGCUGCGAAAGGCCCCAUUAUUUGUCAUUCAAUAAAGUGAAAAUGUUCUUGAAUAGGAACAUUUUCCCAGACUUGGAAGAGCUAGAUCUCAGUGGUUGGGCGGCAGACUUUAAGACUCUCCAUAGGUAUCUUGUGGCAAUUGGUGACGUUCCUGUGAAAUCCUUAAAGGUUAGUUUGGGCGAGCUCGAACAUAAGCUGCGCAUAAGAUUUAAUGAGUGGCCUCACCUAAAAAUCGAAUCUCGCAUCAGUUGAACUGUUUACUAUGUUGUUAUUUAAUUGGUUGACGUCAUUCGUUUGUUGCAUACUAUUGGUCCAUGCCAACACAGAGACACACGUUCUAAGGGUACCGAACUAUUUCGAUGUGAGAUCUGACAGUUAUAAUGAAGCUUCCCCAUUGUCCCAAUAUGGAUCUUCUUCAGUUCUUUACGAUUACCCAAUAAUGAACAGGUAUCCAGACAACAACGCCAAAAUUGGCUCCAUUGUCAUGGAAGAUCCACUCAAAGAUGGUGAUUCUCAGUUUUUGCUUGUUCGGUUGAAUAAUUACAAUGACACUACGUUGGAACCUAAUAACCUUCUUUUCAUCAAAUUGUGCUGGCCAGCCACCAUUCCUGUUGACUUCGAAUUGUCUCACAAAUUUUUGUACGGAAAUGAAGAUGGAAUGAAGAGGAACAAGGUCGAAGUCGACUCUCCCCUGCACGCAUUAUACCUUGUUAUUAAAUGCACUGCUAAGUUCAAAACUUAUAGUGAAAAAUACAGCACCAUUGACAGCGUGAAGUUCAAGCUUGUGAUUCAGAAAUUGCCAAACCCUUGGGUGCCAAUUCCUUUGGAAGUAUACGACAUAAUAAUGUAUUUGGUUGAUGUUGGGAUUCUAUUGUGGUGCUUGAUCCCCAAACUUCCUGGGUUUUAGAGAAGACUCUAAAAUACAUUGCCUACUAGUUGGUGGGGCGUGCGUGCGGCCAAUAGCCCAGGCCCCUUUCGCGCCUUGGGGGCCUGCAUUAUUUCUAGUCACUACUUCAACCUUGAACCACGAAAAGAUGUCCUUGAAUGAAGAUGACCCAUUAGGUCCUCCAAAGAACACGCAGAACUUGGACUUGAAUAAGUUAACCCCAGAUGAAUUGAAAAUAUACAGAAUGUAUGGCAAAUUGCCCACUCGGCAGCAAAUCUUGACAUCCAAAAUUAAAGAGAAGAAAUACUUUGACAGCGGUGACUAUGCCAUGCAAAAGCAAUUGGGCGGCAGCAAGUCCUCUGUACCUUCUUCAAUGCCCAUGAGCCAUCCCAAUGCCGAGAAAGUCAAGGAGAUGUAUAAUCGGAACUCCAUUAGCAAUGCCAGUGUAUUGCCAUAUGGGAAACUGAAUUUGUUGCACGAGCGGACGGCUGAGGAUGAAGAAACCAAGUAGCGAACGAGGUGUUGGUUGUACAGCUGUUGUACAAAUUGAGACGAAACCUUCACACUCCAGAAAUAAAUACAACUGGAAGGAUGUGAGUCAAGUAAUGAUCCUUAAUCAAUGUAACCAGAUGGUAACCAGAUGAGCGAGUUUGAUCGGUCCUCGUGUAGUUACCCUAUUGCUAGGGAUUUCGAUAUGUAUUGUUGAAAUAGGUUUUAUAAAUGAUAUACGAAGUUAUCUGACGAGCGCACUAAUUUUCAGCUGAUGAUAAUAACUGGUGAUGAGUUCAACAAAUGCUUAUCUGAAUUUAAAGAAGUGAUAGUGUCAAGCUUGCAAUCGGACAAGCGGUUGAUGAUAUUAAGCUCGUCAAUUGAGCUGAUUUUCAACAAGUGUCUCCUAAAGUUGGUAUUGGAAUUGGAUGGUUUAUUAAUUAUUACAGUCUUCUCCUAUGACGAGUUUUAUACUGUUCCGUUGCUAUGCUUCCAGGUGUUUAGAAGACAAGGAGAGUUUGAUGAGUUGGUUCAACUACAUGAUAUACGGGAUCUAGGUCUUGUACGUGACGUUCCUUUAACUAUAGAUAAUCAUACACUUCUUGCAGGAACCUACUUCAAGAUUCACCCGUGUGAAACACUUGAAACCACAGACACGUUCGUGCAGGGUACUCCGUCAAACGUUCUUGGAUACUUGAUAACUUGGAAUAUGAUUUACGGAACAGGGGUUUUUAAACACUUAUAUGUGAAAUAUAGAUUAUCUAUGGAAUAAAGUACAUUAUGAUGCAAAAAUAGGAUUCUAGCUGGAAGCUCUGGCAGAUGAAUUCUUUUCAUCAGUGAAAACACGACAUGGAUACUGAUCGGUAUACAUCCCAUUUUCUUGCUCUUGGGUAAUCUUCCAGGUGAACUUAUUUAAAGAAGGAGCCACGAUUGGUUCACCAACAUCCCCCAACACUUCACCCUUGACGAUGCUUGAAUCUACACUCGACAAAGUAACAGAUAAACUCACUGGAGCCCCUGGAUCGUUGAAGACCUGUAAUUCCUGGUUUCCUUUGUUACCAAUAGCGAUUCUUGGCUUUUCAACUGAACCCAACUUCAACAAACCAGACACUUUAGUUUGAUCAAACCCGUAGAUUUGAGGAUAGUUUCUUCUAUAGUCUCUAUGGUGAUAUGCGUUUCCUUUGAUAUCACCUGCAGGGAUGGUGAUUGGGUCCACAUAGUUUCUGGCUUCUGUAAUUCUGUCACCUGGGGGUUGUGCACGGAACAUUGAUACGAUUGGAUUACCACUUGAUCUGUUAGGUACUAAUACCAAUAGUUGUCUGAGCUUUUCCCAGAUCCCUUUCGAACCGGACGUAUACUUUUUCCAAACUGGAACUGGUCCUCCAGACAUGAUAUGUGUAUGUAGCGAAAACUUUUGGUUUACUUUUGCUU